CGCAUGAAAUAUUUGUUGUUACUUGAAAUAUCGAGUGGUGGUUCUUCGUAAUUUAUAGAAUUUUACGAGGUCUCGUAACAGAACAACUUUAAGGUUUUGAAGAUUUAGAUAAAAUCAUGCCAUAUCAGCUAUUUGUUUUCGAACCACAGUUAAUUUAACAUUGAGGCGAACCGUUCAGGGUUUUCAAUAAUUAACCUAAAAAUGAGCGACGUGUCAAACUGGCAGACGAUAGAAAAUGACGAUUUCUUCAAGCAAUUCCUCGGUGGUGAAACGAAGCAGACACAAUUCAAUCAAGUUCUAUCAGUCGCUCAACAGCUCAACAAGUUGGGCCAGGCUAUAGCAGUCUUAGAUACUGAAUUACAAAACCAAGUACUCGCUAAUCAUGAGGAUCUUCUUUCCCAAGCAACAUGGGUCGAAAAGUUGGAAGGCGUUCUUUCCGCUAUGCAGGCUCACGUUCAAAGCUUACUAUCAGCAGUCGAACGACUCCGCGGUAAGAUAGUGGAGCCCUUUAACAGAAUUGAAACGCAAACGUUGGUUUUGGCGCGGCUUCAUGAAACAUCUGAUUUGUUACGGAGAGUAACAAGAAUGCAACAUCUUUCUAGACGUUUGCAAUCUCAAAUGAGCGGUAGUACAGACAGUCCUGAUUUUGUAAAAGCAGCGAAUAGUUUACACGAAUUAGAACAAUUAAUGGCAGAUACGGAUUUGAGCGGUCUGGAUGUUGUUGCCGAGGAUCAAAGAAUCGUGAAAGUCCAUAGAGCUACUGUACAACGGAUAGCAGCGCAUACCUUGUCUCAAGGUCUACAGAGCAACGACCGUGCACAGGUCAGCACUGCGGUCCAAGUAUUUGAAAAUUUGGGAAUAUUGGCUAAUGUGGUAGAUACUACAACUGCCCAAGGUCUUUCAGAGGUUGAAAAGAUUGCUAGAGAAGCAUUAGAUAUAACAGUCCCCACUAAUCAAGAUGUAGGAAAGAGAGCUGGUCCAGGGAGAGCAGCACUGCCUUCACCAGGUUCAUCUGGAAACCUGCGCACACGACUUUGGGCUAAUUUGGAACGUCUUUUCCAAGAUGCAGUCUACACGCAAUGUGUACAGAUUGAGCUGCUACAAAGAAUAUUACUAGAACAUCAUGCAAAGGGAUUUGAUGAUUUGACAGAAAAGUUUUGGCUCAACAUUACCAGUCUCUUGGCAAAAAUUCUGAUCGAACGUUCACAAGGAUCGUCAUUCAUUAAGCAGGCAUUGGAAGGUGAAUAUCCGAAAUUCCUCAGGAUAUAUUUGGAUCUUGGCAAACGCUUGAAAGACCGGUUGCAGGCUAUUGGUUUAUAUACAAUAAAUCGAGAUGCGUUGUCACCUUUUGAGAAUGCGUACCUCUCACGCUCCGUUUCUCGACUUCUGGAUCCAGUUCAUACAAUGUUUUCGGGAGAUAGUGCACCCAGCCCAGAUGAAAUAGACAGCCUAAUACGAACCGUCACGAGUGAACUCAGUGUCUCACUCGUAGACGAAGGAUUGUCGAUGGUUGUGGCGCGUAACGUUGGAAAAGCCAUACGACUAUUUUGUUUAAAAUGUGAGCAAGGUCUAGUCACAGGAGGGGAAGCAAGUCAAGUAAUUGAUACCCCAACUGUUGGCCAACAGCUAAAUGUUACCCUUGCCAAUCUGCUGCAUUAUCUCUCCAGCCAAAUGGGACGUGUGAUAGCCAAUAUGGCUGGUAGUUUACCUGUUGGCGGAGCAUCAGUCAUAGCUGCUGCCCUGGAGCAUACGGAUACAUUAACGAGAGGGAUAUUAGCACCACUGUUAGCAUCCAUCAACGAUGCAGUUGAAAGUAUUCUUCUGACAAUGCACGACGAUCCUGAAUUUAAAGAACCAGGUAGCACUUUGGGGAGAGAGAUUGGGAGUUCUUUGUACAUGCGUGAGCUGCAGGGCUUCAUACUUCGCUCCGUCAAUACAUUUUUAGCUCCAUACAAAAAUGAAACUGUUGUUGCUGAGUGUUGCAAGAGUGUGGCUUCCCGAUGCAUUGAGCUGUUCGUCAGACACGCCUGCCUUCUUAGACCACUAACUGAUUAUGGAAGAGCUAAACUGAUGGCUGAUUUCAAUCAGAUGGAAGUGGCUAUAGUGCCACUGUGUCGAGGUGGCCAGCUUGGAUUGGCUGAACAACAACAGUAUAGAGUUCUCCGAGCAUUGAGAGCUCUCUUACCUCUUCAACCGGAAGAAAUGGUUCAGAGGGUGUUGGAGGGCGAAGGUAGUGUGCCUUCAUCUCUUGUUCUUUUACAUUUAUUUUCUGGUGCUCCAAGUGACCUUCCUUCUCCACAUCAGAGCGCAGGUUGGUCCAUCAGCAGGCUGAGUCAGUGGCUCGAUGCUAACCCUGGUGAGAGGGAGAGAUUGGCGUUGAGCAGUGGUCCGCUGCAACGUUACCAAUUAGCUGUUCGCCAACGUAAUCAACCGACGUUCCAUCCACUUUUUCCCCUGAUGGCCAAGUUAGCUAGUCUCAAUAAGUAGACGUUUGUAAGAUUUUAUCCCUUCGCAAUAUCCGCUGACAAAUAAUGAAAUAGUGGUUAACAAAAACUGAUUUUUCACAACUCUGUUCUUUGGAAAAAAAUAGGAACAUUUUAUUCUUAAAGGAACAAGAUUUAAAUACAAUCGAGUAUUUUGUUAACUCGAUCAAAUUUAACUAUAAAUGAAAAAAUAAGAAAUAUACUACAAUGAAAGUCAGAUACAAUGUUGGUGGAAUGGCACAAGCAGACCUACGUAAUUGUUAAAAAAUAAGUCAGACUAACUAUUGGUAACGAAACUGCAUCUUAAAAACAAAUAUAAAAGUAUAUCUUGUAAUCUGUA